AUGGUCUCUGAUCCAGAUGAUCCUUACGAGGUGCGCGGUGCCGAGUUCAGCAUAUCUCUGUGGCUCAACCUGACGGCGGCCAUCGCGGCGCUGCUCUUCUGGCUGGGACUGCACCUGCAGGACGACCGGCUGCUGGCCGCCCUGCUGGCCGCGCUGACGCUGGCUCUGCUGGCCAAGCUGCACUUCAAGGUGAAGCGGGAGACUCUGCUGGUUGAGUCGUCACUGGGCGUCCAGCUGACCACCGUCUUCGCCAGCGGCCGGCGCAGCUCGCUGUUCCUGGCGCGCGGCCGGCUCCGAGACGUGGUGAUUGCCGAGGCGCUCACCAUGCACCGGGUGGUGACGUACUUGGCACUGGUGCGCCGCCACCCGGACGGCCUGGUGCCGCUGUUCAGGCACACUUGGCCGCGCCGCGAUCAGCUGGAGCCCGUCUACCGGGAUGUGCAGCGCAUCCUGAGCCCGGAGACGGCCGGCUGA